GCCGCACCGAUAACGAUGAUGGCUACUGCAGGAACGAUCGGGCCGCACAGUAAAAAACACGUUUGUUACUACUACGAUGGUGAUGUUGGAAACUAUUACUAUGGACAAGGUCAUCCUAUGAAACCACACAGAAUUCGCAUGACACAUAACCUUAUCCUGAAUUAUGGACUUUACAGAAAGAUGGAGAUAUAUCGUCCACAUAAAGCCACACAGGAAGAAAUGACAAAAUAUCACAGCGACGACUACAUUCGCUUUUUGCGCAGCAUUCGGCCGGAUAAUAUGUCGGAAUACAACAAACAGAUGCAGAGAUUCAAUGUUGGAGAGGAUUGUCCGGUGUUUGAUGGCAUGUACGAAUUCUGUCAGCUGUCAACAGGAGGCUCUGUGGCUGGUGCAGUGAAAUUGAACAAGCAGGCCACAGACAUUGCGGUGAACUGGACUGGAGGUCUUCAUCAUGCAAAGAAGUCUGAGGCAUCGGGAUUCUGCUAUGUGAACGACAUUGUUCUUGCCAUCUUGGAACUACUGAAAUAUCAUCAGAGGGUACUGUACAUAGACAUCGAUAUUCAUCAUGGGGAUGGAGUUGAGGAGGCUUUCUAUACAACUGAUAGAGUAAUGACAGUCUCAUUCCACAAGUAUGGAGAGUACUUUCCUGGCACCGGCGACCUUAGGGAUAUUGGUGCUGGAAAAGGCAAGUACUAUGCCGUCAACUUCCCACUGCGUGACGGUAUCGAUGACGAGUCGUACGAAACUAUCUUUCAACCUGUCAUCUCGAAGGUCAUGGAGAUGUAUCAGCCUAGCGCUAUAGUGCUACAGUGUGGGGCGGACUCGCUCUCCGGGGACAGGCUCGGCUGCUUCAAUCUCACUCUGAAGGGACACGCCAAGUGCGUGGACUUCAUGCGUAAGUUCAGCCUGCCGAUGCUCGUGCUCGGCGGAGGCGGAUACACGAUUCGCAACGUCGCGCGAUGCUGGACAUACGAGACGGCCGUCGCGCUCGGAGUAGAGAUUGCAAACGGUGAGCGGCAGCGGCCGAGAUUACGGCGGCUCGUGGGGUUAAGUUACGGAAGACAUGUGGAGCUUUGUGUAUACAUUUGUGUAUAGUCUUGAUUUUUAUCUGGAUAAAGUGACAUCGC